AUGUCUUCAACAAAUAGUUCUGGUCGUCCAACUGGAUCUGUCACAAUUCCUGUAGAAAUCAUUCGUGAUUCAAACUCCACUGGUUCACAAUCUCACUCACGACAGAAUUCGCCAUAUCGAACAGUUCUCAAUGAUAAUUCUUACAGUGGCUUUUCUGAUUCUUCUCCACGAGGUUCAAAUUCCAAUGGUCGUUUUCAACCACGUCACAGUCCCAACACGGCCUAUGAUCGUGUGAUUCAUAAUUCCCAAUUUAAUCAACCAACUCAUGAUUAUCCAUCAUAUCCACAAUAUCAAGAUUCACAAUUUCGUCAUUCGCCAUCUCGAAUGUAUGACAGUAACCUUUCACAACUAAGACGAUCGCAUGAGGAUCUUCUUUCGACACCAUUCGAAUCAUUGCAUACAAAUACUCAACCAUUUGCGCCAUUCAUGUCGCCGUUCAGUAGUGGAUUUCCAAAUGAUUCGGAUUUUAUUCAACCGAUGAGAUUUUCGAGCCCGAACCGUCGUUCAUUCGAUGCUCUCAAUGAUUCUCCAGAUAUGCAUCAAAACUUUCCAUCUACUCGACAAUAUCAGUCGGAACAAACUCAACCUCAACAGCAACAACCUAAUUAUCGUACGACAUAUCAAACACAACAUCAACCUCAAUCGCAGCAACAACAACCUAAUUACGGAAAUCAAGCAUUUUAUAAUCCUAAUAUCGUAUAUACAGAUGAAUUUGGUCAACCAACAGAUCAUUAUCAUCAGAAUACCUUUCAAGGAUCUGGUAAUAACGCUGCACAUGAUCGAUCCCAUUCACCGGCUUCAAAACGAGGUGCUUCGCCCGCUCAACCUUCACCAACACCACAACAGCAACAAGAACAAGAGCCAGAACUGAAAAUGGCAAGCGAUUCAGAUGGUCCAAUUCCUAUGCCAGGACCAUCUUCGCCUGCUAAUUCAACUUCGGCACCAACAACACAGCCUACUGAGCCACAAGCUUCAUCAGCUGAAACCAAUGCACCAACGAUGAACACAGCUACGCCACCACCCGAACCUGUUCGCGAUCCUAAUACAAUUGCGCUAGAGAAACUUGAACAAAUAAAGCGAAUGUUGAAUGCCUUAGAAAAAGACGUUGAUGCCUUCAACGGUUCGACACGUAACGAUCUUGCAUAUAAAAUGCUUGAUGAACAAGCAUUGAAAAUCAUGAUUUGUUGUGAUGAACUGGUCGAUGUUAGUGCUGAUAUCAAAGAUAAACGAAAAGAAAUGAUACGCAAUGUACAAAGAGCCAUUGGUAAACUCGAAUCGAAAGUCCCAAGUACACCUGCUGUUGAAAACAAUAGUAAUCCCAUGGAAAUCGCAAUUGUGCCUCCAACGGAAUCCAAUGUCACUACAAAUGAAGGAGUUGCUUCAAACGCAACUUUAUCUACGUCGAAUUCGCAAAAUACCUCAGCAACUGAACAGUCAAUACCAUCAUAG